AAAUGCAGAUGAAAUUACGCCUGAUGAAGAUUCGAAUGAAGAUAAUGCAGAAGAAAUUAUGUCUGAUGAAAAUUCGAAUGAAGAAAAUGCAGAUGAAAUUAUGUCUGAUGAAAGUUCGAAUGAAGAAAAUGCAGAUGAAAUUAUGUCUGAUGAAAGUUCGAAUGAAGGAAAUGCAGAUGAAAUUAUGUCUGAUAAAA